UCUGACGUAAUCAUCCUGCGACAACUCUAACAAGAAGCGUUUGCAAUGGCGACUCCAGGCAAAAAGCGUGGUUUUGAACAUUUGGACGAAUAUGAACCUAAAGCAGUCAAGCUAGGAAAGAAUAGUUUUCAUGACCGAAUGACAGAGAAAAGGCUAGUUGUUAUUCUGGAGGGAGCGUCGUUAGAAACAGUAAAGGUAGGAAAGACGUUUGAGUUGUUGAACUGCGACCAGCACAAAAAUAUGAUCCUCAAAAGUGGAAGAGACCCGGGACACAUUAGACCAGACAUUACACAUCAGUGUCUUCUCAUGCUGAUGGACAGUCCGCUGAACAGGGCAGGCCUUUUACAGGUUUACAUCCACACAGAGAAAAACGCACUAAUAGAGAUCAACCCACAGACUCGAAUCCCCAGAACGUUCACUCGUUUUUGUGGGCUCAUGGUUCAGCUGCUGCACAAGCUGAGUGUUAGAGCUGCUGAUGGUUCUGAAAAGCUUUUGAAGCUGAUUAAAAAUCCUGUUUCCGACCACCUGCCCCCUGGCUGCCCCCGCAUUGCCACCUCCUUCUCUGCUGGGGAACCCGUCUGUCCUCGGACCUUGGUACCAGAGGGCCCUGCAGCAUUUGUGAUCGGAGCAUUUGCACAUGGAUCGGUGAAUGUGGACUAUACAGAGAAUAUUGUUUCCAUAAGUAAUUACCCCCUUUCUGCAGCACUGACCUGUGCCAAAAUAUGCUCUGCUUUUGAAGAAGUUUGGGGUGUCAUGUAACAAACAAAUCAUAAUAAACAACUGAUGUCUACAGGACAGAGAACUGUC